AUGCUGCAAGAUAUGGCCUGCAGAUUUCGCCUGGCUAUCUUUUUGACUACUUUCUACAGAUGUAUAAUCACUAACUUUGUGAUAGCCCUCGCCACAACACCGUGCUCUGAAGAUACCGCACAAGUAUGUCCAAACAAAUUAGGCGAUACCAUUUGUGAACAAUUUUUUGAAAAGCCGACUAAACUCAGUAAUGGAUGGAUGGCAGAUGCUAACUGUAAUAAACCCGAAUACAGAAGUCUGGCAGUUCAGUGCCGCCGAACAUGUCUGACAUGUUGUAGAGAUCCGGCAUACCAAUGCGAGAACAAUGAAAAUUCGCGCCUAAACUGUACUGGAAUACUUGAAGCUGGUGGCUGUAUUACUGAAGUACCGUGGAUUGCACGGAUGCUGCAACAGGAAUGCCCACAUUCGUGUGGCUUAUGCGAAAUUUCAUUCUGCGCUGAUAAGCAUGAAAUGUGUCCUUUAUUAGCAGAAAUAUGUAACCACCAAAUGCAAAAAACUGCUGCCAGUGAUAACUGUGCUGACAGCUUUCCUGAAUGUCAUAAAAAUCGAAACUUAUGCAACGUACCUGAAUACGCCAAAAUGAUGAAAGAAAAAUGUAAAAAAACUUGCAACUUUUGUAAGGAUAAUACCACAAAUGUAACUGCAUGUACAGAUUCGAUGAUAAGUUGUCCAUUAUGGGCUCGAAAUGGUUUCUGCGCGGAUAAAGGAUACACCAUGCAACAGAAGCGUCAUUACUGUAGGAAGACGUGUAACUACUGCUAA